AUGGCCACAAAAGACAAAAUUGGAAGAUCCAUUAUUGCGUCUUUCGUAGCUGCCCUUGGAUCGAUUAGCUUUGGUUAUUGCAUGGCAUAUUCCUCAUCUGCAUUAGUGGAUUUGACAAGUUCCGACACAAAUUCUGCUGUUCGUUUGAUUGGUGCACAGGGAUCCUGGUUUUCCGUGAGUAAAUUGUAGUUUUAAUUGUUUUUAGCAAACGAGCAGUAAUAAUGCAUAAGAUUAUAAUAACGGCUUUGUGAAAUCUGCCUGUAUUUUUGACUCAGAGAGUUAAAGAAUACUAAACAGCAAGUUGAAAACCGUAAUAUUUACCUUAAAAAAAUGAGAAUAAUUUUAUUUUCGUUAUUGCAGGCAAGGUCUGUUUUAUUUACGCGAGAGUUGAUAGAGCGCCUGAGGCUAUUCAAAUUUUCUGUAUUAAUCGGAUGUCAGAUCCCAAGCAUGCGCAUCGGUGGUUUUUUUCAUUAUGCAUGAAAUGUUUUGCUAAGUGUGACGUCACCUAAAUUUAAAUUAGCGCCGGGGAAUACAAAGCGCGCCCUUAGAUUUACCGAAGGAAAAAACUAUACUACAUUCUAGUGGCCAUGUUUCACGAAUUUACCUAACACUGUUAUUGCAUGCAGUAUUUGAUUUCCAUUUCUACCCAAUUUAUCAUUGUUCUCACUUAGACAAAACAGAAAGCAUAAAAAUAAUACAAAGUCUUGUCCGAUCAAGAUCGAAGGCAUAUUGAGGCUGAUUAGUCUAUAGUUAUGAUGUCGACCUGAAAUUCCUUUGAGUCGGUCGUAGACUGAGCGCAUGGAACGAUUAAAUUUAAAAUUAUUUUCAGCUAAUACGGCUGUGCCUGGUCAAGCAAAUUUUCUCUUUGCAGCUGUCGCCGUAGCCUGCGCUCAGACGAAAUUAAACUCUGGUUAACUCCGUCUGCGAAACAGCGCCGAAAUCCUUGUUCUGGACUUCCAGCUGUGUACCCACUCCAGAUUUGAGUACGCACCACGAUUGGCCAGUUAAAAAAGGCCUUUGUUUUGUUUGUCGUGAUCGCCAAUCAGGUUGAAGGGGAAUUCGAAACGCACUUCCGGUAAUUCGUUGAGUCCGUUGGGGGUCCAGAACAAGGAUCUCUGCGCUGCUUCGCAGACGGUAGUAAUCAGAGUUUAGUUAUUGUCUGCACGCAGGCUACUGUCGCCGGAGCACCACGGGUUUCAACAGUUAAUUGUUUUACACCUUCAGCCAAAAACCAUUUGUUUGCAAUAGGCUACUUCCGCCGAGCCCCAAAAACUCUCACUUUCAAUACGAGGCCAAGUGCAAAACUUUUCUUGCUCAAUUUUUUUUUUUUUGCAUUGGAAUAAAAAGUCUCGCUGCUCGAACUACUCGCUUGGCUAAGCGAGAACGUACCAGGAGCCACUUUUUACAUCUUCGUCUUUACUUCUUCCAUUCUCGCUUUUUUAUCUUCUAUUAAUUUUUACUAACAGCCGUAACUCUUACUCAACUCCAACUCCUACUCACUAACAAGCCUAACAGUAGCCGUUUAAAUAUAGAUUAUUUUGUACAUAUGUAGGUAGUCUGACAGGUGUGAGAAUACAAAACAAGGCGAACUUGGUGGGUUUAUGUUUUGAUGUGACUAAACCUACACAGCUGUGAUUAAAAAGUAGCAACAAACCAAUGAAAAACUAAAAGCCCUGAAACCAAACCCAAACAGGAACUUAAAGGGGCACAAUAAACCAUGGUCGGUUUUGGACCUCCCAAACACGAACAUCUAUGUAAAACUCACAUCUGGUUAUGCCAAGACAGGAAUAUUCCAAAAAUGGAAAUUAAACUGCGAGCUAAGCAUAAAUUCAAGCAAUAGUAAAAUCAAAAAAUCAAAACAAGAAAACUCAAGACAAAAUCCAGGCUAACCUUGACCUCCUUCAGCAAUGAAACAAACAACAAACACAAAAUUAAAAGAAAAGAUAUAAUAUGUUAACUCGUUAUGUUAUACUGAGUAACUUUCAACAUUUUUCGAAACAAUAUCCUGCAGUUGCAACGCCAGCCCUCACAUUCAAGUUGAAAUUCUGAUGAACUCCACUGCCGAGUGCCGGUACUGUUUCAAAGAGACUGAUUUUGCUUUUAGGAGUUUAUGUGUCCUGGAGUAGGACAUCACUUAAGCCAAAAACUAGGAUCAACGAUGCGGAAACAUUAAAUGGGACGUUAAACUUGGUGUCGGAAGUUGAUAGUAGGGAUUUCCUUUAUGUAGUCUAUUAAAUGAAAUGGUUAACGGGCGAGUUAUGGACGUACUCAGGAGGUUGCUAAACACGAAAGAAACGUAAGAGCGUAAGAGCAACUUAAGCUUCUUGAGUGCGUGCAAAAGUAAAACCUUCCAUUAAGUGCAUGCGUAAGACGAUGGUUGUACAGGUGCAACGUUUACCAUCUUUUAUAACAUAAUAAAAAGAGAAGCACUUUUAAUUUUGUUCGCAGAUAACAGGGAAAUGAUAUUUAGUGUUGGUGUACGUUGUGCAAUCUGCGCGCGCUUUGGCGAGUACAUGAAAUCAUUCUUUGCAAAGUCUUUUCUUUUAAAAACUGAGCUUUUUGCUGAAUAAGUAGUAGUGGUAGUUCUCCGUCUCAAUGUGGAUUUUAAAGCCUUGUCACGCUGCUAUCUUUAACUGUUUUUGUCAGCUUUCUCUCAGUCGUGAGACAAAUGCCUUUACAAACUAUGAGAAAGAAACAAUAUUAAUAUACCCGUGUAGACGUGACCCUUACGGCUUUGAACAGCCGCUAGUUAAAUGGGUAAUUAGCCAAUCAGAGCGCGGUCGUUACUUUUUUUAUGUUGUUAUUUGGCAUACAGUAAAUCAUUAUGAUCUGCUUAUUCAGCUGGAUAUGGUCUACAAAAACGCUGAUUUUGUCUUACAGGGUAGAACCGAGGAAGGGAGCUAGCUCAAAUAUAUUUUAUAACGCAAAGUUAAAAACUUAAUUUAAAAGUUAGGCUAACAUCUUGAAGAGGCCUUAAAAUGAUGUCUUAAGAGACACCAUUUUUAAUAAUACCAAUCAAGUCAUGCUGAAACUUCUUAAGUAUACAGUGAACAAUACCGGGUAUUAAUACAGUUGUACUUACUAUAUUGAGAAAUCAAUCUACCAGAGGGCUCUUUAUUCUUGCUAAAAUUUAUUUCGCAAGCCCUUGGAAUAUUCAACUCUCCUUUCCUUCUUUUCUUUUUGCAGUCUUUGGUGGCAGUCGGUGCUGUUUUUGGAUGUCCCAUAGGUGGAUGGGCGAUUGAUAAGUUUGGUCGCAAGAGGGCCUUACUCUUCUGUUCUGUUCCCUUUGAACUUGGAUGGCUUCUGAUAAGCUUUGCGCAGAAUCGGGCUAUGUUGUACGCUGGUCGCAUCACUACAGGCUUGGCUUGUGGCAUUGUUUCAGUUGCGGCUCCAGUAAGUUUUUUAAACAAGCUAUAAAGAAAAAGGAAAUGUGAAAAUUCAAAGAAGUGGAAAAAUAUGUUGUACUAUUUAUUAUUCUGCAAAUGAACAAAGAGUGUAAAUUGAAGCUUUCUUAAAAGCUUCGAUCCGCUAGGAAUUCCGGCGUAGGUUUAUUUUUCUGGGAAAAGUUACAUUUUGAGAAUUUAAAUUGGGGCUCCUAACUGUGAAUUUCUGUUGUCCUAAAGGUAUACAUCGCCGAGAUUGCACACCCACGGACUCGUGGCAUGCUGGGUUCUAUUAGUACACUGGCCAUCGUUACUGGCCUUGUGAUGUCCUUUAUAGCAGGCGUCUUUUGUCAUUGGAAAUUGCUGGCUCUUAUCGGUGGAGUCCCUCCAGCCCUCCUCGUUAUAUUUUUGUACUUUAUGCCCGAGACUCCGAUAUGGUUAUUAAGAAAGAAACACAGAAAAGAAGCAUUAGACUCGCUUGUAUGGCUACGGGGCUCUGACAUCGAAAUCGACAUCGAGAAAGAGGGUUUAAAAGUUGAGGUGAUAACUGGUAAGAGGUUGUAUUUUUCUGUUUACAUGCUGUUAAUGACAAGCCUCAGUCUGAGACAAAAAUACCUGGGAUACUUUCACUGUACGCUGUAUAUUUCCAUCUCGUCCGUACUCUCCCUUCCACUGGAAAAACUGGACCUUUUUACUGACAUAUAAUGAUAAUAAUUUGUAAAUUUAUAGACUUUUUAUAAAUGUACAAAUCUUCGUCUCUUUCUCACAGAGAAAACAAAAUGUCUGUAAAAUGAGUUUUGCAGACAUUUCAUGGAGUUCUUUUAAAUGUUCAUAUAGAGAAUGGCAAUGAAAAGUGUGUAAAUUUUACCUGCGGGAUGAAGUAAGAAUUUAUGGACUUACCAAAAGGCUACAAAAUCUUUACCAAAAAGUCUACAAAAUCUUUUUAACUCUGCCCAAUUCCAGUGUUUUUUAUCGCAGUUAGCUCACCAAAUCUUGCAGGUCUGGAUCCAGGAUAAAUACUGACCGAUUUCCUAAACGAGCGCCGAUGGCGCAAAUUUCGAGGGGGAACAGGGGGCAUGCUCGUCUGGGAAAUUUCUUGGAUUUUAACUCCCUAAAGUCCCCUUUCCUGGGUUUCUCCGUCAUUAAGAAAGGAUAUUGGCCACUUCAUUCUCCUCGGAUGAAGCCUUUCAAAUCGGCUGAUUAUUUCAUCAAGGUCAAUUUCCAUAUUGUAGAGGAUACGAAGCAAGGAGAUUCCAAACCAUUUUCCAGAUAUUUAUUAUGAAAAAUCUGACCGAUUUCCGUAAAACGAUUGAAACCGGUGUGUAUCCGCGCCUGUCUUGUGCACUAACAUUGGAAAAGCGAGAAGACAAUAAAGUGUCCCUGCCAACAGUUUUGAUUGAGACUGCAGGUCAAGUCUACCCCCAUAGAUUGGAUUAAUAAAUCCAUUGCUUGAAAUUUGAAUCCCUCGUUAGUCGUUGCCGCUGCUGUGAAGCCUGUGUAGCCUUAGAAAACAGCUCGCAUCUCUCCUUGCGACCAAUGGUUUCCCCACGAAACGACGUCUGAAGAACUGGCGCAGAAAUUCCAUACUGUCGACGUGCCGCUACCCAGACCUGGGUGCAGCUUCUGAUUUGUCGUGCUGCGAGGGAAGUUUGCUUAAUUCCAAACAGAAGUAGUACCAAGAUCUGGGUCGUGACACGUCAUCAGUAUGGAAUUUCUGAGCUGAAUUCCACAGACUUCAGUUUGGAGGGAAACCAGCGGAUGGUAUCGUCGCCAAAUGUUGGCUGACUUCGGAUACCGGUGCUGGUAUCAAAUUCAAAUCUAAAUUCCAGAAUGCAUAAUUAGCAGUAAAUUUUAGCCAACAACGUCUCUUAGACUAGUUAUUCGGUCAAACUGAAAACACUCCUUCACACUUGGACUGGAUUAAGUUCCUAGUCUUCCUAUGAAGGCAAUUAUUGAAAAAUACAGCUGUGUUGAAAGAAUUUUAAAAAAAUGUUUUUACUUAACCUCGCUUAUAAACUCAUGUAUUUUUAUUGCGUAGCUCAAGAAUUAAAAUAUUGCCAAUGACCAACGAUUCAAUUUUCAAAUACUGAAUGGAUUCAUUAAUAGAAUCUAUAGGGGAACGAUGAAUAACAGGAAAAUCAGAAAAUAAAAAUCGAUGCAUCUUUAAAAGAAAAGACAAGACGGCAUUUCUUUUUUGGCAGCAUUUUGUACUUACUUUCCUUACUGCGUCAAGGGUUGGUCAAAAGAAAUGGACAAAAAAAUGAAACAAAACCUGGUUGAGAAUCCCGGAGGCAACUCAGGUGGCUGCUAUUCUACAAAAACUCUGGGCCUCAAAAUUACAAGUCCAGCGCUCUAAUCGCUCGGCCAGUCCGCACUUCUCCAAAGGUCUAAGGGCAGAAAAAUGUAUUUAACUCAUGUUAAGCUACUGUGCGCUAUUCUUUUGAGUUCAGAAUUUGCAAGUAAACAUUGUUGUUGUCAUUUUAUUUUUUUAUGUUCUUAUUUUAUCUUGCAGGUCAUGAGGAAAAGCUUUCAUUGCCUGAUUGGCUAUCACCUGUGAUAACAAAACCCUUGAUAAUCAGCAUUGGGUUAAUGAUUUUCCAACAGCUAUCUGGAAUCACUGCUGUGGUAUUUAAUGCUGCUAGUAUCUUUGAAGUUGCAGGCUUUACAGACAGCAAACUUGUCAGCAUUUCAGUUGGUUUGGUCCAGUUUUUAGGCACCAGUUUGGCAUGUUUAGUGAUUGACAAAACGGGACGACGAGUCCUCUUGUUAACGAUGUCAAUUGCUAUGUCCUGUACCCUUUUUGGCCUUGGCGCGUAUUUUGAAAUCUGCAUACCACCGCCGGGUGCAAACUCAUCUUCUGACGUAACCUCCCUGUUGGGUCCCAUCAGCCAUUCAGUCCCCUCAUCAAAGAUAAACUGGCUUGCCAUCGUCUGUAUAGUUUUGUUCAACCUGUUUUUUGCUUUCGCUUGGGGUCCCGUACCGUGGCUUGUCAUGUCAGAAAUAUUUCCCCCGCGAGCUCGAGGCCCUUGCUCCAGUCUUGCAACUAUUGCGAACUGGCUGGCAGUAUUUAUUGUUACCAAGACAUAUAACACCAUGCAGACGUCAAUGAGCAUUCAGGGAACAUAUUGGUUCUUCGGGGGAUGCUCCAUUCUUGGAUUUAUUUUUGUUUACAUGGUUAUGCCGGAAACUAAAGGGAAAACUCUGACAGAAAUCGAGGCUAUUUUUGACAAAAGACAAAUCGGAAUGUCAGAUAAACCGAUCAGUUUUCAAGAGAGUCUUACAAAUUACAAAAGCAUUGAUUAA